AUGGAAAAUACAAACAACACAACAUUUUCAGAUGGGAUCAAACAGAACCAUAACACGACGAAUUUAUUUAAAGUGGCACUGAGUGACCAGAUCGCCACAUCCAUGUUCCUGGGAGCACUUAUUCUCUGUGCCAUAUUUGGGAAUGCGUGUGUAGUCGCAGCGAUCGCUCUGGAGAGAUCCCUUCAGAAUGUGGCGAACUAUCUGAUCGGAUCGCUGGCCGUUACGGACCUUAUGGUGUCGGUGCUGGUGCUGCCCAUGGCGGCACUUUAUCAAGUCUUGAAUAAAUGGACUCUCGGCCAGGUAACUUGUGACAUUUUUAUUUCUCUGGACGUGUUGUGUUGCACAUCGUCAAUACUACACCUAUGCGCAAUAGCCUUGGACAGAUACUGGGCUAUAACAGACCCCAUAGAUUACGUGAACAAAAGAACUCCUAGACGCGCAGCAAUCUUAAUCUGCGUCACUUGGCUGGUUGGGUUUUCCGUAUCUAUUCCUCCGAUGUUAGGGUGGAGAAAAGCCGAGGACAGGGCGGACCCUGACGCCUGUAACAUCAGCCAAGAUCCCGGGUACACCAUAUACUCGACUUUCGGCGCGUUUUACAUCCCGCUGAUACUAAUGCUUGUUCUUUACGGGAGGAUAUUCAAGGCUGCCAGGUUUCGAAUUCGAAAAACAGUCCGGAAAACGGAGAAAAAGAAAGUUUCGGACCAGUGCUUGGCAGUGUCGCCCGCCCUGUUUCACAAAAAGACUAACGGGGAGCUGAGCAAAAACUGGAAGCGGAGCGUGGAACCCAAACCGACUUCGUGCGUAAACGGCGCGGUCAAACACGCUGAAGACGGCGAGUCACUGGAGAUCAUUGAAGUACACAGCAACUCAAAAAAUCACCUCCCCCUCCCUAACACUCCACAGUCGGCUGUGUUUUUUGAGAACAGAAACGAAAAGAACACAGAGGCCAAAAGAAAAAUAGCGUUGACCAGAGAACGCAAAACAGUAAAGACCCUUGGUAUCAUAAUGGGCACGUUCAUUCUGUGUUGGUUACCAUUCUUCAUUGUGGCUCUGGUUUUACCCUUCUGCCCCAACAGUUGCCACAUGCCCGCGGGACUGUGGAACGUGAUCAACUGGCUUGGCUACUCGAACUCUCUUUUAAACCCCAUCAUAUAUGCGUACUUCAACAAAGACUUCCAAAGUGCUUUCAAGAAGAUUAUUAAAUGCAAAUUCUGCAGACCAUGA